AUGGCUUUUUCAUUCAAAUUCUCGUCCGAAUCAUCAACCGUUCCUAAGAUCAAGUAUGAGUCUAAUAAUCUCAAGUACUAUAUGAGCGGUACAGACAUUAAUCUCACCGAGACCCCGAGUACGUUGGUGUGUGAUUCUGAGCGACCCUUAAGCAAUCACAAACCUAUCUCCGUCUCUUUUAAAAGUAACACAAAACGUUUGGAAUGGAGCAAGAACACCUACAUAGGCAAUGCGAGCGAUGGUUUUUGGGAUCCUGAGCACGGUGCCUGCAACCUCACCUUCAAGUGGUCGGCUAAGGGGCAGUGGAAAGGGAGCCAGAACAUGAAAGACCAUCCGAACCAACUGGGUAUUACUUUUAAUUUCGAUAAUACAUUCGGAGUGGAAGUCAAUGCAGAAGGAGCAAGUUUUUGGAAUAGCCUUUUAGGCAAGGUCGAUUCUGUUCCUUCAGAGUAUUCAAGUCUUAAGCCACCUGCACCGACUAUCGACCUAAAGCUAAAGCCGUUGGAUUACUUUUUAACGACAAAUCUUCUGUUACCCGGCGAGCAAGUGUUUAUUGCCGACUCACCGGUUCCGGAGAACAGCGGAAUUCAGUCUGGACUUAUGACACCUCGGGAUACCAUUCUUACAGGUCAAAUUGCCACGAGUCUUGCCGGAAAGAACAUGAGGAUUAAGGCGCUCAAUGCUCACAGGCUGCUAUCAGGACAAGCAAUGGUGGCGGAGCCUUCCCCACCACCCACCGGCUUAAAUGGGUGGAAAGAGGCUUUGCUCUCUUUUCCUGACAAUAAAAUCCUGGCCGACAUGUUACUAUGUUACUCUAAAGCAACUGAUAAAACAGACGCUGCCAUCGAAAGCGUGCUUGCGAGUCACAACUUUAAAGAUCUCAUUGAUGCUGAUUUCUUCGCUCUCUGGGGCACCAGCAUGGACCAGUUGAUCAAUCCCAAGUCCACGACACAGGCUGCUCCUAAACUAGCUGAAGCAGCUGGAAUCAGAAGCAUUGAUCUUCGGCUUUUUGGAGCCAUCUACGCAGUCGCUCAGCCCAAAGAUGCUGAAGGUGAGCAGUUUAUGAUUCACCCUACCCGUGGAACGAUUGUAUUUGGCCGGGACGAAAUCACUCCUCUACAGACCUUCGAUACUAACACGCAAAAGACUGUAAUCACCUGGACCAGAAAGUCUGGUUACACAUAUGCAGCAAGUUUCAGCGUUGUUUGGGAUUCUCAACUUGAACAACUUGGCGUGGAAUGCGCUGGUACUGUGCACAGUCGGGAUGGAGGCACAGUACCAUUCCAGGCCUUCAGCAAAGGAUAUCCCUCUAAAGGCGAUAAUAAUCCUCCAACCGGAAAUUUGUUAAAUCUCCAGCAGCAGCAGCAACAGGACCCAGCUAGCUCAGCGGGCUUAUGGAUAGGAAUGAUCGCUGGAUCAUUGACAAUAUUGUGCUUUGGUGUGGGCUGUAUCAAGUCCUGGCGCGGCAGGCGCCAGCAAAUCAGACAAGACCAAGCUGCCUACAAUUCUCUCAUCCAGUUUGCUGCGGGAUUAAGUGCUCGGGCCGCUCGCGAGAAGUACGGAGACCAUCGUGGUGCCACGGAAGAAGCAUUCCAAGACCUGGAGAGGCGCGUAGAAACCGACAUUAAGGACAAAAUAAGGGAAUUGACUCACCAAGACAAGAAUUUCUGGAAGAAAAUGGAAAACGAUGCAAAUUUUAAGAAAGAUACCAUGCAAGCCCUGUUUGAUGUGGCAAGUGACCGGGUGAAGAGGGAAGUUGAUCGUUUUGCUUCGGUGCCUACUGGACUUAUGCAGGAGCAGCUUGAUGGAAACCCAAUAUAUCAAGGCGUUACAACAGAGCAAAAACAUGAUAUCACCAUUGAAUUCGUGCAAGAGGAGCUUUCCAAUUUGGAAAACAACCUGGAGAAGCCUGGCGAGUCUGGUGAAUCAUACGUUGAAUCACUGUCACAUACUAUUCUCGAGAUACAGGAGAUUGCGGAAAUUGAGAAAUCACAGGAAACUGUUCUGAACGAAAGUCUGAAGAUUGAUCAUGAUAUAGCAGAGUCAGAAGCUGAGACAUCGAAGAGACAAAAGGAGUCUGACCAUUUACAGGAGGAGUUCAACAACGAGAAAAAUGAAGAGAUGAGAGAGAUCCGCAAGAAGGAGUUGGAUAAAGCGAACGACCGUCUCAAUGAAUCCAAGGAUAAAACGGAAAAUGAGGUCAAGAAGAGGGAAGAGAUCAAGUCUGAAAAAACAAAGCUAGAAACAGAGCAUAAGGAGAAGACUGAAAAGAAAGAAAAGUUGGAGAAGAAUGUUAAAGAAGCCAAAAAGGAGGUAUUCCAACGUAAAUUAGUUUUAUAG